AUGGCUGCCUCAUCAUCAUCCUCCUCAGCUGGUGGGGUCAGCGGAAGUUCUGUCACUGGAUCUGGUUUCAGUGUCUCAGACCUUGCCCCACCACGGAAAGCCCUUUUCACCUACCCCAAAGGAGCUGGAGAGAUGUUAGAAGAUGGCUCUGAGAGAUUCCUCUGUGAAUCCGUUUUCAGCUAUCAGGUGGCAUCGACGCUUAAACAGGUGAAACAUGAUCAGCAAGUUGCUCGGAUGGAAAAACUAGCUAGUUUGGUAGAAGAGCUGGAGGCAGAUGAGUGGCGGUUUAAACCCAUCGAGCAGCUUCUGGGCUUCACACCCUCUUCAGGUUGACCUUGCCUGGAUGGUCACCUCUGGUGCACAAGUACAGGUCCAGCGAGAAACUUUUGUUACAGAUUAUAUAGCCAUCCAGAGACUCACAGCUCCAUCCCCGAAUUGUUAUUUCACAUGCGUACUUGGUUUCUCUGUAUCUAUCCACAAGCAACAAAAACUUAAAUGUGUGAUCUUGCAGGGAGAAUUUUUGUUUGUUUUAAAAAGUAUUGAGAAUCAUAUUUAGACAAUCAGUGUCAGAGAACCAAGAGGUUUGGGUUUAAGAGAGAUUUAUAAAACUUCACAAGCCAGGACACAUCCCGGAAUUGGCCAACUGAAUGGCAUCCCUCCUGUCAUUUUGUGCAGUUCCUAGAAUCCUCCACCCCUCAAGUCCAAGGUCAAGAACUGGAGUUAGAAAAUACAGCAUUUCUAAAAAAAAAAAAAGAAAGAAAAGAAAAUACAGCAUUUCUUUUUUUUUUUUUUUAUUUUCCCACUGUACAGCAAGGAGCAUUUCUGACCUAAAACAGUUCUUUCUGCAAAUGAAUGUGGUUUCAACUCAGGACCUGUCCAAAUUAGGAAUUUUUAAAUGUAGGGGUUUUUUUCCUAUUUUUAAACAUCUAAUUCUAUAGAUUCUAACUUUUUCUAACCUCUUCUAGGCAUGCCAGAUGCUGGCAAAAAGAACUGCUUUUUGAAUGUUGAAGCACUUGUAAAAAUAAAGCAGUGAGCAAAAUCCUUUUAAACAUAGAAAUCCUGAGUUCAUCUUGUUGGUGGGCUCAGGCAAUUCCGUAGCAAAUAAAUCCUUUGAAAGAGCUCCA